CUUUGCACUAAGUACUUUGCACCAAAAGAUGGCAGAUGUCUGCCAAUGAAAAUAAUAAAUCACCAAAAAAUAAUCACUUGCACUGUAAAAGGUUAAAUGUCUUUCGUGUCAACUUUUGAAUAGCCGUCCGUUGCAGGGUUAAUUUACUGCAUUCCUGACGUUUAUGAAAAAACAGCAGUUUGGCUCUAAAGGCGUUCGCAUGUAGGUAUGUAUUAUCAAUGUUAAAAAGUGUCACAGCUUCUUCAAAUGGACACAAGAUGUCGCAGACGAUCUCAGUUGACGUCAUCAUCGUUUUCCUUUUCUCCGUCGAAGAAGAACAAACUUCCGGCCAAGGAGCGCCCUUUCGGCAUAUUCUUCCUCUUAGUAUUUGAUAGAGAAUUAAAAGAUUGGCGUGUAAUAAUUACUCAUAUUGAAGCAUCGAAGCCCCGGGGUAUUUUUUGAUGUUAUACUUAAAUAUUACGCGAGCAAGCGAUGCCUGUGGUGUUUGACGGGAGCCCGCCGAAUGCGAUGCAGAGCUCACACACUCACACACCGCUGACUGUCCUGAGUGGCCAGGAACUUUCCCAGGAGAUCAAGUCAUUCAUCAGUGGCGUUGACACAGUUCAAGGACGCAAACUCAGUGUCCGCGAACACGCACGCUGCGCUAUACGACUGUUGCGCUCUGUUCCGGCCUGUCGAGGAGCCGUGUUGGAGCAUCUGAGGGGCGUCUAUGAUGAGCAUGUCUCCGUCUUCCUGCACAAUCUCGAGACUGACGGUGAUGCCAAUUCCGGGCUCAGCUCAAAUCUGGAAGACAUCAUUCAGGAGGUCCAUGGCGUACUCACAGAGUUCAUUCGCCUUAACCCGCGAGCUUGGGCCCCGCUCGUAUCCAGCUGGGCUGUGGACUUACUGGGUCAGCUAAGUAGUAAGCAUGCCGGUCGAAGGGUUGCCCCCCACUCCUCCAGCCUCAAUGAACUUCUCCAGCUUUGGAUGUCCUGUGCUGCCACACGUUCCCUCAUGGAAGCCUACUCUCAAUGUUUGGCUGCCAUGCUGGCUUGGUGCCCUGAUGCUUGCGUCGACGCAUUGUUGGACACCUCGGUUCAACAUUCCCCGCAUUUCGACUGGGUGGUAGCUCACAUCGGCUCAGCCUUCCCAGGGACCAUUAUCAGCCGAGUCUUGGCAUGCGGACUCAAAGAUUUCUGCUCCCAUGGCGCCAAGGACCAAGGACUCGUAGUGAACGGGGUGGACAAAGGCAGCCGAGUGCCAAAGAUCGGCUCAGUGGUGGGAAUUUUAGGACACUUGGCAGCGCACCACUCGGACAGCAUCCGGAAAGAGUUGCUCAGGAUGUUCCAGGAGAGCCUCAGCCCAUCUAGCCCCAUGUCUCCUACGUCAUCCUCAACCUCGUGGGAGGGUUCCCCUCAGCUACGUCGAGCCGCGGUACCGUUUCUCCUUCAACUGGCUGCCAUGUCCCCAAACCUUUUUGGUGCCGUGUCUGCGGAGCUGGUGGAGCUUCUGCGUCCGCCUGUCCUACUUCAGUUGCAUAGUUUGUUGCAGGGGCUCCCCAGAGACGAACUGGAUAACAUGCUGGGCCUCGCGGUCCACCUUAUAUGCCAAAGCCCAUCAGGCGGAGCUCGAGUCCUCCGCUUUCUAGCAGACACUGCAACGCCGGCCUCAGUCAUCAUAUCCGGUCCUACGCCAUCCCCUCACGAAGGUGUCAGAGAAGGUUGCGACAGCCUCCUACAAAUGCUGCUUCUCCAUCUCCACAAGUUGGUGUACAACCGCUCGGACGGGGCAGACGGACAUACACAUCACUCGGCUUCACCCCAGCCGCAGAUUGUCAUCCCGUUCUUGGAGGAGCUGCAAACGCAUGUUGGUGAGCUGUGUGCCGAGACGCUGAGGCUGGAGAGAAAGCGGCACCUCUGGCUACAUCAGUUACUUUGCCUGCUGUCUGUGUACGGUGGCCCGAGUGUGGCGACCGAGGCUCUCUGUCAGCUCCUCACUCAGGCCCGCAACCCAGAAGAAUUGGCUCUGGCUUGGCAGCUCCAUAACACCCUCUCGUCCUGUAUGGCGGGGCUCAUUCCUGCUGCUGUGACACACUGUGUUGCCCAGAUCCACACACACACCUUGGGAUCCCGGCCACUUCGGCAGCUGCUGCUAAACCUGGCCAUAGUUAUCCAGAGUCAAGAUGAAGACAGAAAAGGAACACAGGAUGCUCACUCCACCAUGGCUGUCCAGGUGGGAUCCUCGGUGUCCGUGCACCUCCAUGAUUUCAGCCCGCUGCUUCUCCACGGGGACCCAGCCGUGUCCCAUGCUGCAGUGCGUCUUCUGUCAGCCAGUCCUCUGCCUCGCACCUCCUCCCCGGCACACCUACUUAUGCUCUCUCGUGCAGCUGUCGCUCAUUUCUUUAUAGCUGUUAGGAGGCGAGGGGAAGUGGGCAAGGCCGGGAGAGACGGAGGACAGGCAGCUGAGUCCGUGAGCUGUUCCGUCCAGUUGCUGUCCCGUUUUGCUGCAUACUCACCCCUCAUCCUCAAGGCUGUGCUUCAGCAGCUAGUGGAGGGAGUGCUCCAUAAAGGCAAUGCUGGACUCUUUGGAGGGCAGAUUGCAGACAUGUCUGGCGCGCCUGUGGCAUCCCAGUCGGGAUCCCCUGAUAUUGGAGCCUCUUUGUUGGACAUCAACUGUCGGUUUGGCACGACCGUCAACUUCUCGGGAAGCGUGUGGUCUGUGUUUCAUGCUGGGGUGAUUGGCAAAGGAUUGAAGAUGCGUACCAAUACAACUCAGCCUGACCCAUCUGGGGUCACCCUGAACAUCCAGACAUUUCUGACUGUCGUGGUCCAAUGUUGUAGCUCUUCUGGUCUCAACGGCUCGCGAUCACCCUCCGAUCCUGACGAACCACCGCCUAUUAAUGCUGAGGCAGCCAAGGUUGUUGCUGCCACAUUGGUGGAAAAUGUAUGUCCAGAUGUGGCUAACGGGGAGCUUUCCUGGCCUCCAGAGGAGCACGCCCGCACCACAGUAGAACGAGACAUUCACAUUCGUCGCUGCUUUGAGGCCCACCCCGUGCUCUUCACUCUGCUUCAGGUAGUAGCAGCAGGACGGCCGGCUCUGUGUUACUGCUCAGCUGUGCUCAGAGGCCUAAUGGCCACCCUGCUGGCACACUGGGAGGCUUCUCGUGAAGCCGCGUCCACAGACUCUCCCUGGCACCUCCGGGCCUCUUGUGUACUGGUGUCCUGCAUGGGUGAGGGGCAACUCCUACCUCCUGUGCUCGCUAAUGUUCACGAGGCUUUCUCUCACCUCGCACCUUUUGAGGUGAGGCUGCUGCUAUUGGCAGUGUGGGAGUAUGUGAGGGCCAAUGGUCCCAUGCCUCAGAAAUUUGUCUUCAAUCCCGAAAAGGGUCUUUUCUACAGAGAUUUCUCUCGGGACGGUGAUGUGGCACGAUACGUCUCACCGAUUCACAGUGUCCUGCACAAGAACAUUGACAGACUGGGACACCUCUGUUGGAGGUUUCAGCUAUGAGAGAAACAUUGGCACAUAAGUAGAGAGUGAAAAAUAGAUGUGUGUUACAUUGCUCUACAAGUGAACUGCAAUACUCCUGUCACUGGAAUUUACUUUCCUAAGUGUAGCUUUGUGCAUGUGUGUAUAUCUUUUGUACUAUAUUUUUAAUCUUUAUACUUUUCUAAAAAGUUGUUUCUGUGAAAAAGAAAAGUGUACUGAACCGUGACUCACAUGCACUUAAUCCAACCAAAUGGAGCAUUUAGAUUUCAUUAAAAUCUCUCAUUCAUAGAUCAUUGGUUUGAAUUUAAAAUUGAUCGUUCAUACUUUGCUCAGAUGUCUGAAAAUGUUCAAAUGGCAAACCUGUGUUUUUACCAACUAGCAGGAAAAGAAAUCAGACCCGUAAGCAUUUUCAUUUGAGACAUGGGACAUCAUUAUGACAAGGUUAUAAUUAGGGCUUCUUUCUAAUUCUGACUUGGAUGAUGAUCUUGCCAUUAUAGCGACAUUAAGCUUGUUCAUUCCGUUUUUCUUGAAGAGCUGACAAAAGAGCCUUCUAGAAAGUCUUGAAGAAGGUACUUUUUUUUUUUUUUUUUUUUUUAAAUAAAGGUUUCCAAAAACUGUUUUGGGGCUCUCGUUGGGCAAC